AUGGCGUUAAAGAAGUUUCUUCAGGAACUCAAGAGUAAAAUGGAAGAACGAAGGUUUCCUUACAUAACAUCAUCGAUCUUGUCUCUGGGGGCGGCAGUAGCCAUUCUUGGAAGGCCAGAUGGUUCGAAGGACCAGAGUAUCGUAGGGUAUAUUAGACGGUUCAAGAAAAAAGUAUACAGCUUUGCAAGAGAAAAAGACACGGGUAUCCCCAUUCUACCGCCACAGGAGCAGCCUAAACCAACCAUUAUAUUUGAUUGCGAGGAUUUUCUUGUGAAAAAGAAGUUUUCGUUUUUUAGCUUUGAUUUCCUGGUGACCAAAAGAGCAUUUACAGAUCUCUUUCUUUUCCACUCUGCCCAUCUAUACGAGCUAGUCCAUGCCUCAGAAUCACCAGUCAGCUUUAGUAGACAUCUACUGCAUAGAAUAGAUCCCUAUGGGUGCAUCUCCUACAAGGUCUAUUGUAAAGAUAAGAAAAUGUUUAGCAGCAAGCACCUAAACAGGCCCCUGGAAAAAGUUGUGGUAAUUUCAACAAGGGAGGACGAGUACCAUGAGGACUUUGACGACAACAUUCUGAAGCUCGAUAAAUGGCCAGGAAGCCCUGAAAGAGGGCUGUUGGACCUUCUGAACUUUCUCCACAACCUUUACUUUACCAGAAUAGAAGAUUUUAGGGGCACGUUAAAAUCGUAUCUUGGAAAGGACUUUUACAGUGCUUACGAAAGAGUUCAAAAGAAAAUAUUUGUACAAAGAAAUCUCUUCUCUUGGAAUGUAGAGAAAAGAUAUAGAGAAAGGAUCAACCGGAUCGAUGAGAAGAGGCAAAAAGACUUUGAGAGGGCAAAGGAGAUAAUGGACAGGGAUCUUCAGGGCAAAGAUGUGAAGGAGGAAGGCUCUAUCCUUGGAUAUGUAUUUGGUUUGGGCAUUAAGGCACUUAUUUAG